CUCAAAUCACUCAUCUUUAUCUUCAAUUUCGAACCUUUCUUGGUUUAUUAAUUAGUGAGGAAAGUGAGGUUCUUGAUUAAUGGAGUUUGAGGAUCAGGAGGAGCACGAUGAGGAGAUGGAGAUGGAGCCGAGUUACGACUCGCUUGUGAACAACAACGGAGGUGGAGGUGGAGGUGGUGCUCGACUUAAAAUGGCAGCCGAAGCGGCUGCGGGUCAGCUACAGCAACAACAGCAGCACCAGCAGACAACGAAGGCCUGCAGGUACAGGGAGUGCUUAAAGAACCAUGCCGUGGGGAUCGGCGGCCACGCGCUGGACGGCUGCGGCGAGUUUCUGGCCGCGGGAGCCGAGGGGACGCUGGACGCGCUGAAAUGUGCCGCGUGUAACUGCCACCGCAACUUCCACCGCAAGGAGACCGACGAGCCUUACGGUCAGCUGGUGCCGCACCAGAGCCACGUCGGCGGCGGCCAUCAUAACCACCACGUCCACGGCUUCGGCCACCCGCAAUUCUCGCCGAGUGGAGGCUACUACCGCACCCCCGCCGGGUACCUCCACGUGACGACGCAGCACAGGCCGCUGGCGCUGCCGUCGACCUCUGGCGGUGGCGGCACGGAUCAGGACGACGACAUGUCGAAUCCCAGCGGAGGCGGCGGAGGAGGGAGUGGAUUUGGGAUGGGAACGACGUCGUCUAAGAAGAGGUUCAGGACCAAGUUUAGUCAGGAGCAGAAGGAGAGGAUGCUGGAGCUGGCGGAGCGGCUGGGGUGGAGGAUUCAGAAGCAGGACGAGGCGGCAGUGCAGAGCUUCUGCGACGAGACCGGUGUGAAGCGUCAUGUCCUCAAGGUUUGGAUGCAUAACAACAAACACACCCUCGGCAAGAAACCCUAG